AUGGAGAGUGGUGUGCACGCGACGGUGCCGUUGCGUGGCGGGAAGAAAAUGAGGAAAAGGCGAGAACUGGAUGCGUUAGUGGGCGGUGUGGGGUCAAGGGGUGGGCGGUUGUUAUCAGCGUCCAGCGAUGAAGGAGAACCCUGGGGUAGGAGGACAUCCCGUACACGAAGAUCGCGACCUUUUGUUCGCUUAGCAGCUGCAUUAGCCCUGUGCGUGUGUGUCGUAUCAGCUGCUACAGUCCUAUGGCUGUUUGUAGAUGUUCGGAAGCAGAUUGUGUCCCUGAGAGUGGAAAUGGACAGAGUAUCAACGAUAGGCGGUAAUGUGAACGAUGACUUACAACUCUGUCACACAAGCUUCAAGGAGCUGAAGAAAAACGCGAGUGCCUUGCAAGAGAGACUCGAAAAGCUGGAGACGGCGCAUCAGGCGCUGAUAAUACAAAUGAAUAAGACAUCCAGUGAACUCAUGUCUGUGUCGGAACAGCUGUCGGCGGCGCCGAAGCUGGUCGAUACUCCGCGGAGGAUAGCAGAGUUGCAGAGAACUGUCGCUGACUUUGGUUCGCAGAUCAAAGGCUUCGACAGCUCAAUAUCAUCAGCUCAUAAGCAGGCUCUUACAGCAACCUCAGGUGUUGAGGAGCUGAAGGGCUACUUAGUACACCUGGACGAGAGGACCAACGACACGAUAGCUAACGUGUCGGAAAACGUCAAAUUGGACGAAAGCCUCAAAGAACAGAUCGCUGUCUUGAAUACAACGCUUAUGAGUCGAUUGGAUGGAUUGCAAAGCGUAAUUGAAGAAAUUAAUAGGCCAAAAGAGGUUUCAGUUAUUCCAACAGCCCCACCGAGUGCUGUACCCGGUUUUACAUCUACCACAACGAUAGCGGGCCCAGGGAAACCCAGGGUUUUGGAAAUGAAGGAGCCGGCGUCGAGUUAA